AGGAUACCGUUCCUUUUCAGUGUUGCCGAAGUUUUGAAAAAUGCAGAAUCCAACACCAGCAGAGAACAUUUAUUAUAUAUAUGAUACGUUAUAUGAUAUACGUUAUCUGACACUAGUGCCAGAGAACGUAAAAAUAUACGUUCUCUGGUACAAUAUCUGUGCUACCCUUAAGAAAAUUUUAAAGUUAAUCUGAAUUCAUAUGGAAAUUUUACUGUAUAGUAUCUUUAUUUUACAUUUAGGUGUUUAGCGCCAAAUCAUUUUGGCUUUACACAUGUGAAUGCAGUCUACAAUACAUUACAGUACUUUCUAAACUGCAUAGAAUCCAAAAAUUAUUAAAAAUGGAACAUAGCAAUUAUUCGCAUUGUAAACAAACACAGCUGUUUUAAUGUUGGCGCAAAAUUUGUAAAAUUGUUUUUUUGUAAUAUACGCUUAAUAGUUACUACAGAAAAUAUGAGUGAAUUGGAAAUGGAGGUAGAUUUAGAAGAAAACGAAGAAAAACCAUAUGUGCGAACGUUGGAAGAUGUCCAAAGUAUCAUUAAAUAUGCCAAGUUGGAUGCUAAGAACCUCACACAAGUUACACAAGCACUUUACUACCCAUCUACAAUGGACGACGAUAAUUUGAAACUGCUAGAGUUGGAUACACAUAUGCAUCAGCAGAUACGUCUUGGUCAGACGCUAUAUUUUAAAGGGGGUCAUAAUGAAAAAAUUGUGCUAUGUAGUGAAGAGAAAACGUAUGACGUGAAAGCCGCAGAGAUAUCUAAUAGUCUAUUAUUGGUGCCGGAUUUGAAAUUCGCCGCUGCUACCAGCACAUCACCAUUAAAGAGUCCUCGCGCCGGCACUUCUUCACUUGAGACAAGUUUGAAUGAUGAUGAUGACGACAUUUCGGUUGAUCGAGCAUUGGAGCAGCGCAAAGUACUUAAAAUUUUUCACGAGUAUUUUGAAUGUCGCGAAAUAAGACCACGUUACCGAAAGAUAUACGAAUUGCUGCAGUUGACUCGUUAUUCUGGACCCGAAAACGAGGAGUAUAUUGAUCGCAAAUUGCUAUUCACAUAUAAUCAACUGUUGGACACAGUGCAAUGUAGUCGUAAGCAAUUCGACGAAGGCUUAAUACAAUUUCGUGCUGUAGAAUUCGAAGGACGCAUGCGUGUACUCGAAUGUGAAUAUGAAAUGCGUAUUGUGAAUUUUAUGCUGGGAUUGUUGAGUGAAAAUUCGUGGGCUUUAGAUGAAGUGGAAUAUGGAGAGACUUUGUCGGCUUUGGAAGGAAUCGCGCCAUCUGAAAUUGUAAAAGAACUUUUCCGAAUUUACACAGUGCCGACUGAUGGCAAAGAAGGGAAAUAUACUUAUAAAGAGAGCCUUGUUGCACGUAUCAUUGCACAGAACAUAUUGCAACCAGAGUUAAAGUUUCGUAAAGAUGAAUUUAUGAGCACUUGGCAAGAAGCAUUGCCAGAGGGCAUGUGUUGUGAUGAGAAAUUUUUACGAGGUCUGGGCAUUAUUGAUAGGGAGGGUAGCACCACUUGCGUCCGAUCGCUUGUCGAAGAGCUCAUGCCAACAAAUAUUCACGAAAGAAUGCGAAUUUUGUUCAAGAAUAAAACGCGUUGGACAAAAGAAGAAAUGGAGCCUUAUAUUGAAUGUUUUAGUACACCUACCCUUUCUGUGUCUACUUUAUUGGCCAAACAUGCACGCUCUCUUACGGAGAAUGGUGUGCGCUAUUUCGUAUCAAAACACUGAUUUAUGUUUAGUUUAUUUAAUAAUUAUUUUCAAAACAUGAUAUAUUAAAUAAUUGUGUAUUUUAUGCUA